AUGCAGGGCACGGCAGAUUUGAGCACUUCGAAACUUGGUACGAAAAAAUACUGGGAUGAACUGUAUGCCCUGGAGCUGGAGAAUUUCAGGCGGAAUCCGCAGGAUACCGGGGACUGUUGGUUUAGCGAUAGCGAUGCUGAACAAAAGAUGAUUGAUUUUCUGGUAGAUAACAUUGGUGCGUACAGAAUUUCUGAGAAUGCUUCUGUUGUAGACCUCGGUACAGGUAAUGGACACAUGUUAUUUGAACUGCAUCAAACGGAAUUCCAAGGGAAACUGGUCGGGAUAGACUAUUCUGAGGAAAGCGUCAAACUCGCUAGUAAUAUAGCCGAGGCCACCGGUGUUGACAAUUUCAUCAGUUUCCAGCAAGCAGACAUCUUUAGUGGUGACUGGAAGCCGGGAAAGUAUGACAUUGUGUUGGAUAAAGGGACCCUAGAUGCCAUUUCAUUGAGUGGCAUGAAGAUCAACGGUAAACUUGAUGUAGUCGAUGUAUACGCCGGAGUAGUGGAAAGGAUUUUGAAAAAAGACGGUAUUUUCUUGAUCACUUCUUGUAAUUUCACACAAGAUGAACUAGUAAAGAUCAUAGAGACUGAUAAUUUGAAAAUGUGGAAAACAAUAAAAUACCCUGUUUUCCAAUUUGGCGGGGUCCAGGGUGCGACCAUAUGUAGUGUAGCAUUUGUUAAACAAAACUGA